AUGGCUGAAACAGGUUCCGACAGAGAGCCCGUCCGCCGCGGCUCAGAGCCGAGACAGCCGCUGUCCUCCGGGGGCAGGGACUCUGUGGCUGGCAGGGCCAAAUCCGCAGAGAGGAGGCUGAAGGGAAAGCCUUCCUCUGGUCCGUCACACAAGACCACUGCAGACCUGUUUGCAAAGGAGGAGCAGUACAAACUGAUAAAUGCAGAGCUGGAAGCCAAAACAGCAGCCUUGGUAAGACAGGCAGAACAAGUUAUGAGAGAGCAGAAUGAAGUCUUGUCCAAACCGAUUCCCACUACUCUUCAUACUGACCUUGAAGAUGAGGAGGAUGAUUCCAGGACCGUGAAGCCCAGGGAGUGUCCCGUGCAGAGGCGCGGGGUAAUGUCCAAAGAGUUGGUCUCCAGGCCGAUAACGCAAAACACACAUCAUGCAACCCAAAGAAAAGAGCGGCGCGUGCCUAAAACAGGAUUGCUUCAUUUAAGGGCGCCGGUUUCACCGCAUGAUGACGACAUGGCGUUCAUGGAGGACUUGGUGGAUUCCGUCCUGAUAAAAACCGUCCGUGCUUCGAAGGAGCUGGACGACACCGACGGACCUGAAAACAUCGAGGAUUCUUCUGACACCGGAGACAGAACAUGCACAGAGGUCCAGAUUCAGGUUCUGAGGGCCAAAGUCAGGAUCCUGCAAGAGGAACUGGACCAGCGAACAUACGAGUGUAAUCAGAAGGAUGACGAAAACAGUCAGCUCAUGAAAAAAGUCAAAGCGAUUGAGGAGGAUCGAGCCAGACUCCAGAAGACCACAAACAUUCAGCAGACGCAGAUCGAGAAGCACAGAGCAUCGGCAGAGGAGUCCAGCAGGAAGUGUGAUGCUCUGCAACUGCAAGUGGCCGCUUUGCAGAAGGAAAUAGAAAGUUUGACUCGAGCCAAGAAACAAGCAGCAGGGACUCAAAGCUCCGUGGAGGUUCGUCUGAACCGAGCCUUGGAGGAGGUGGAGAGGCUGAAGACCCAGCUCCGUCAGAUGGAGCAGAUGAAUAAGGAAAAGUCAAAGGAAGAGCAUCAGAGCAAAGAAAAGCUGCUUGCCGAAAACAAGAUGUUAAAGAAGCAGAAAGCCGAACUCAUCGUGGGAUUCAGGAAACAGCUCAAGCUGAUCGAUAUUCUCAAAAGACAGAAAAUGCAUUAUGAAGCUGCCAAGAUGCUGUCAUUCACAGAGGAAGAGUUCAUGAAGGCUCUUGACUGGGGGGCAUCAUAGAGAAACAGGAUGCAGCCUUUUCAUUUCUGAGUUGAAGAAAUCUCGUGGUAUUUGACCUUA